GUUGUUGGACUUUCAUACUCGGACACUGAGCUGUACUCUCACCCAGUCACACACUUGGCUAGCAAACAUUUACCUGCUGAGGUAAGCACAGAGGGAGAGAGCUAAACCAGUCACAAACUGCAAGAAAAGUAUCUGGGAAAGAGGUUUACGGACUAACACAGAAGUCUCCAAAGGGAAAUUUUUGCAGGAGGACAGAGACCCAGAGUCCACGUUUUCUCUUUUCUCUUCUGUGGCAAACACUUUGUUGAACAGAGAUGGACUGGAGCAGCAACACUUCCAUUGGUUUAGUGUUCAUCCUGGCUUUUCUAUACAUUUUGAAAAUAGCAGGUUUCUGGGACAACCAGAGAAAGAAUUUUCCUCCAGGACCAAGAGCAUUACCUAUAAUUGGAAACCUUCACUUGUUUGAUUUGAAGAGACCCUACAGGACUUAUGUACAGCUGUCAAAGGAAUAUGGCCCAGUCUUCAGUGUUCAGAUGGGGCACAGGAAAGUAGUUGUGAUUUCUGGGUAUGAGACAGUGAAGGAAGCUCUUGUAAACCAGGCAGAUGCAUUUGCAGAGAGACCUAAAAUCCCAGUCUUUGAAGAUUUGACCAAAGGAAAUGGGGUUGUUUUUGCUCAUGGUGAAAACUGGAAGGUGAUGCGAAGAUUUACUCUCACAACCUUACGAGACUUUGGGAUGGGGAAAAGGGCCAUUGAGGAUCGAAUUGUGGAGGAAUACGGGUACCUGGGAGACACCAUUGCCUCACAACAAGGAAAGCCCUUCGACGCCAGUAAAAUAAUUAAUGCAGCAGUUGCCAACAUAAUUGUGUCAAUAUUACUUGGAAAACGAUUUGACUACAAAGACUCCAGAUUUGUGAGACUUCUAAAUCUGACCAAUGAAAGUGUGAGGCUUGCUGGGAAACCUUUGGUCACGAUGUACAACAUCUUCCCAUACCUUGGAUUCCUGCUAAGGGCUAACAAGACUCUUCUCCAAAACAGAGAUGAAUUCCAUGAUUAUGUAAAAGUUACUUUUCUAGAACGUCUCAAAAACCUGGACAAAAAUGACCAAAGAAGUCUUAUCGAUGCUUUCCUGGUUAAGCAGCAGGAGGAGAAAUCCACUACCAAUGCUUACUUCCAUAAUGGCAACUUGCUAAGCUUGAUGAGCAAUUUGUUUACUGCUGGUGUUGAGACAAUUUCCACCACACUAUACUGGGGCUUUCUGCUGAUGCUAAAAUACCCUGAAAUUCAGAGAAAGGUCCAAGAAGAGAUAGAUCAAGUGAUAGGGUCAAACCCCCCACGGAUCGAGCACCGAACUCAGAUGCCAUAUACAGAUGCUGUCGUCCACGAAAUCCAGAGGUUUGCCAAUAUCCUGCCAUUGGAUCUGCCUCAUGAGACUGCUGCAAAUGUCACCCUCAAAGGCUAUUUCAUUCCCAAGGGAACCUACAUCAUCCCCUUGCUGACCUCAGUCCUGCGCGACGAGUCGCAGUGGGAGAAACCAGACAUGUUCUACCCUGAGCACUUUCUCGAUGCCAGUGGGAAAUUUGUGAAGAAAGAUGCUUUCAUGCCCUUUUCAGCAGGGAGGAGGAUCUGUGCUGGGGAGACUUUGGCCAAAAUGGAGCUCUUCCUCUUCUUCACCAGCCUCCUGCAGAGGUUCAACUUCCUGCCUCCACCUGGCGUUUCCACCUCAGACCUGGACCUCAGCCCUGCUAUUUCAUUUAAUAUCAUCCCCAAACCCUAUAAAAUGUGUGCUGUAACACGUUCCUAGAGCUCUAAGCAGCAUUUAUUUGUUUCAAAAAUGUUCAAAUUACUUUUCCAUGACAUAUGCCUUCCUAAUCCUUUGACUGAAACAAUUCACAACUUAAUGACGGUUUUCAGUACUUCUAAACCAAAGUGGUGUUCUUUUAUUUUUUAUUUACUGGGGAAGGGCAGAAAUGGACCAGAAAUAUGAACUAACGUAUGGUUCAUGUUAGAUCACCUCAUCUGGGCUAAAUAAUACAGACUCUCAGCUUUCUUAUUCUUAUUUCAGUUUUCACUGUUUGUUGAAAGUAUAUCCCAAAAAACACUCCAAAGUGCAGGUUUCUCCAAAGAGACAUAUGGACCAUGAAGUUGUGCCUGGUUUGUAUUAUUGCACUUAAAGACAAGCACUGCAGAGCCUCUGUGGUGAAUGUGGGAUGUUCAGAGCUUCAGGUCUUUAGAACAGAAGGGCUUGUUCAGUCAGAUUGUUUUUGAAGCUGGGUUGGGUAUCCUGUUCCCCAAUGCCUUAUUGCAGUUUAUUCCUCUGGCUCUUCUCCCUACUCCUUCCACUGCCACGUGCAAAGAAAUCAGAGUUCUGUACCUGUUAUAGCAAAUCACUUCUCAGGAAAAACCUUAAGCCAAGUUGACCUGAGUCCAGAGGGUCUAAGAUUUUUCCUGAAUCUCCUGUAAAUGGAUAAGCUCAGAAAAAUAAAGUGGACACCUGCA